AUGCCAGAGAUAUGGCUGGAGAAGUACCGACCCAUCAAGUUCGAGGAUGUGGUCGGCAACUCUGGUGCUGUUACGAUCCUGAGAUCUCACGCGACCGCAGGUACCUUUCCUCACUUGCUCCUCACUGGCCCGCCUGGAUGUGGCAAGACCACUGUGGUCCAUUGCCUUGCCAGGGAGCAUCUCGGGGAGCACUACGAGCAGGGGUGCAUCGAGCUGAAUGCCUCAGAUGACAGAGGCAUAGAUGUUGUGCGUGAAAAGAUCAAGGGCUUUGCACAUCAGAAAGUCACCCUGCCAGAGGGAAAGCUCAAGGUAAUCAUUUUGGAUGAGGCCGACAGCAUGACACAGGCUGCGCAGCAGGCCAUGCGCCGGACGAUGGAGAUUUUCAGCGAGUCAACACGUUUUGCCCUGGCCUGCAAUAUUUCCUCGAAGAUCAUUGAGCCCAUCCAGUCCCGCUGCGCGAUCCUCCGCUUUAGUCGAAUCUCCGACGAGGACAUGCUUCAGAGAUUGAGGCUGGUCUUGGAGAAGGAGAGCGCCACGUACGACCAGUCGGGCCUGGAAGCUCUCGCUUUCGCCGCCGAGGGCGACAUGCGGAACGCGCUGAACGGCGCGCAGUCAACCUUUAACGCCUUUGGGGAGAUUAACAAGGGGACGGUCUUCAGGAUGAACGACCAGCCGCAGCCGGAGAAGGUGAAGAGUUGCCUGGAUGCCAGCUUGAAGAAGGAUCUCAAGGGGACCUUCGGGCCGAUGCACGAGAUCUGGAACCAGGGCUACAGCACCACAGACAUCAUCUCAACCUUCUCGCGGGUUGCCAAGCAGAUGGAGGCCCCAGAGCACAUCAAGCUGGAAUGGCUGAAGGAGAUUGGCCUUGCGCACGCGCGGGUUACAGCGGGUGCCCAGAACCUCUUGCAGCUGGAUGCUAUGGUGUCCAAGAUCUUUCUGGUGUCUGAGCGAGGCUUUAUGUUCGGUUCUAGCAGACAUCGAGUGCGGGUCUUUGGCAUGUUUGCGCUUCUCCUCGUGAUGAUUGCAGCCUCGGUCUUCCAGCAGACUCCGAGGCUGGGAGGGCUGCGAGCACGUGACAAGACAAGCAUCAUGACAUCUGCCACGUGCCACGCGCCAAAGAACACCUUCCCUCCGCGAGUGUGCGUGGACAAAGCUGGAAGUAUCAUAAAGGUCAUCGAAGAUAUUGACAAGUCCAGGCUGAGUGAGCCUCCUGAAGAUGGCCAGAAGAUCCCCAGCAAUGACACCAACGGCUUUCCCAAUGGCCUCCUCCUGUGUGUAAACGAUCCACCUCCAAUCAACGAAGCUGCAACCUGUACCAUCCAACGUGAUAUUCCAUUCUCCUACAGCUUUCAGAACCGAAACAAUUAUUUGCAGUGCACAGGCCCUUCAGCUUGCUUCGGUUGGCGACUAAAGAACUUUUCAGCUCUUUGCUGCGAUGGAAAUCAAGCGUGUCGGAGCGAUGAUCGCACGGUUGUACCCAAUGAAUUUGUCCUUGUGCCGGGCAAUCCCAACUGUCACCAGGAUGUUUGUUGCCGAGGCAUCCGUUCAUGCAGUGCUGGAACCAUCAUUUCCGGAGUGCGCUCAGCAGCCUGUCGCGAUUUCAAUGCCUAUGAACAGGCCAACAUGUCUUUGUCGAAAGACUUGUUCUGUUCUCGGCCCGUCGCAUGUCGGCAGGGCAAUUUCAGUUUCUCCUCCGAAUCUUCGGAACCAGGAUCGCACUGCGUCCAAUGCCUGGACGCCGGUAGUCCCCGUGAACCCUUCGCACAGCCAUGCGAAGAGAGCCAGAUGUCCUUCAAUGCUGGCAAUGUAGAGCUGCAAUGUGCCUUCAACACUUGCAACAAUUCAGUGAUCUCUUUGAGUGGAUCAUCGUGUAUCCACAUUCGGUGCGAAGACAGUAUUAGUUGCGGCGGGAUGGCGGUGAAUGAUGACUCCAGUGGAAAUUCCUGCUUCUGCAGUGGCCCUGGCUGCAGCAACCUGGUGGGGACUUUGAGCUGCAAUGAGCCGUCGACAGAAGCCCCAUGUGGUCCAAACAUUUGCAAGAAGGAUGGGACUCCAUCGGCCUUUUGCGACCGUGGCUUGGCGGAUCCACCUGACUGCUCCGCUUGCUCCACAGGGGGCGGAAUGGUCGGCGAUCCACACAUCACGACCUUGGACGGACGGAGCUAUACAGUGAGAGCGCAAGGGAACUUGUUACUCUGGGGUUUGUCCGGUUUCAAAAGCCGAAGUUACAUCAGCGAAGGGCCUCAUGAAGAAGAUUCCGCUAGAUUUCCGCAUCUACGCUCACUACGCAGGGCUUGCGUCCUGGGCGAAAGGCAUUCUCUUGGUUGA